AGUUUCUGGCGCAGUAACACGUGCUGAUUGUUUCGGUGGUGUUGUCGUUGUUGUUGUUGUCGUCGUCUUUUUGGUUGUUGUUGUUGUUGACGGAUGUAACUUUGGAAUCCACAAUUGCUUCACGGCAUUCAACGUUCGAAUACAAUGUGGUUUCUUGAGGAGAAUGAAGUUGGGCUAA